AUUGCCCACUUACUCGUUUGAUUACUUUAAAAAUCUUUUGGUUGAUCUUCCCUCCGAUCUCUCCUUGCUCAACAAGCCAAUUGCCACACAACUUCCUCAUUUGAUGACUUCAUAAAUCUCUUCUAUUUUUUAUUUAAUUUAAAUUUUUUUGGCUUCUUUUUCUUGUGGUAGUAGUAUUCCUAUAUAUACAUGAAUGAUCCAUAAGAAUUUGACACUGACCCCUGAAUCGUUUGGUUGAAUAUAAUAACCCCUUCUCAGAAUACUCUGUUUCUCAUCUCUCAAAUUUUUGCUGCUUCCUUCCUCCAUUGUACAAAGUUUCUCUCAAAGUCUUUUUAAGUCAUUUCUAUCGAUCAUCAUCAACCAUGCCUGAAAUGAAGGUGAAAUUUCCUUCCCUUUCCCUUCUCUGUGUUUUAUCUUAUUUUGUUAAAAUUAAAUUGAUAAAAAUAUGUAUUCUUUUUGUUUGAUUCAUUUCGAGCCCAUUUGUCUGUUUUCUCUGUUUCUGGGGUGGGUUUAGUUAGCCAUGGAAAUUUCUGGGUUAGAAAUCAUGAAAACGAUUGUUGUUCCUCAGUAUCAAUUAAGUUGAAACCUUCUCUUGUUCUUCAGAAGUUUUCAAAAAAAAACCCACAAAGACUGAAACUUUUUCUGACUUUUCUGCAAAGCUUUGAACUUCUGGCUCUGUUCAUGGCCAAAAGGACUGAUCUUUUUGGGAAUUUUGCUUUCUCUUUUUAAGUAUGUUGCGCUUAGUUUCAGUUAUAAUCCACUCUCCUACAGUGGAAAAAAGAUUGUGCGGGCCUUUUGAUCAAACAUUAAAAAACAGAGCAUCCUUUUUUUGGCCUUUCUGAAUUGAUCAUCAAAAUUCUUUCUGUUCAUCAUGAAUCACUGGUGAAUGCAAGUUGAUGUUCGUAUUAGAAUUAUCUUAAAUCCGGUUUCAAUUGUUCAAAUUUGAUGGGUUUUCAGAAGCUAGUGUUGAAGGUAGACGCAAAUGACCAGAAGGAGAAGCAGAAGGUUCUGAAAGCAGUUUCAGGCCUUUCAGGCAUCGAUUCCCUGUCCAUGGAAUUGAAAGACCAGAAAUUAACUGUGGUUGGGGAUGUGGAUCCAGUUGAAGUUGUGGGGAAAUUAAGGAAGAAGAACUGGCAUGCGGAGAUAAUAUCUGUUGGGCCAGCCAAAGAGGCAGAGAAGAAGAAAGAAGAUGACAAGAAGAAAGAGGAUGAGAAAAAGAAGACAGAAGCUGAAAAGAUCCAAGAGUACUGGAAAAAUUAUUAUAAUCACUAUCCAUACAUCCCCCAACGUUAUGUUAUUCACAGUGCUGAUGAGGAUCCAAAUUCUUGUGUUAUCUGUUGAAGAGAAAGGAAAAAGAAAAAGACUUGUAGUUUUUCUUCCUUUUUAUCUUGCCAAGAGUUUUAAAAUUUCAAGAUCCUUUAUGAAAGGGCAAUCACCAAUGUAUUGAUGGCAAACAUUGCAAUUAGCAGAGGAGAUCUUGGUUGGUGUUAUAGGUUAAGGGGUGGUUGAAAAUGUCAGAAUACUUUGUUUAUGUAAAUAAGGGAGAGUAGUAUAGUGUGGUAUAGUGUGUUAAAAAAUUUGUGGAGGUUGAACUGGUGGAGAUCAGAAAGGGGAGGAAAAAGAAUAAAACUUUUGGCUCUUUGCUGUGUACUUGAUUUGUGCCUUUCUUGUGUUGGAGGAAAUUUUGAGCAACUUCAUUUUUGGGCUUUGGAUGGAAAUGCAAAUUAGUCCUAAAGAGAUAUUUGGGUAGAUUUAAUAUGUCAUCAAUCAUAAAUACAUCAUCUUGUAUCUUUUGCAAAUGGAUGCUACAUUUCAUAGGCUGUGUUUUGUAUUUUUCCACUUUCCAAGUUUGAUUGUAAUGUAUACGGAUGUAUCAUUUUUUAGAUACUGUAUCAUUUCAUGGCUGUAUCAUUUUUUAGAUACUGUAUACGGAUGUUUGAAAUUUUUUUCCAGCGUCCAAUCUAUUAUUAUACAGUCUUAAUUCGCAUAUGUUGGCUCUACCUCUUUUAGGGAAACAUCAAAUGUCCCUAAUAUCCAACAAAACGGGAUUCUCAUGGUUGUAUCAUUUGCCUAACUGAUCAACAUAUAUAGUAGGUUUGGAGA